AUGUCCGAUGCAGGCGUCAAUAAAAUUAUUCAGAAAAUGAAAACAGACCUUGUCAAUAUUGAGAAGAAUCCAGAAGAAUUUCAAAAAAUUCAAUCAGAAAUUCAAAAAAAUGGAGAAAUAAAUUAUGAGUCUGGAAACUGGCCUGAUGAAGUUAACCGCACAACUUUUGUUCCAGUUGUGACUCCAAUAGAAGGUACACCUAUUGAAAUAAAUCCAUUACGCGAAUCUCUUAAAACGGCAACAUACAUUACAAAAACUUUCGAUUCUCCCACAUAUAGAAUUGGCAGGAAAAUACACGAAGCGAUUAUCGCAGAUACUCCCCCUCAAAAUCAAGAAAAUCAGCAAAAAUACAUUCCUCGAAAUUAUCUAGCAUCCAAAUGUCAUCAAAUAAGGCAUGCUGAUAUCCACUAUUGGAGGAAACGAAUCGGCAAAUAUUUGUUUGCGAUAAUAGAUGAUAGAUCGCGAAAAAUAAUAGAUUUUAAUUAA